AUGCAGUGCCCUCCCUGGAGCACAAAAGUGAUCGGAGAGACUCUGGAUAUGAUUAAAUAUAUCGAUAGUAACUUUGAAGGACCAUCACUUUUGCCGGAUGAUCCUGAAAAGCGAAAAUUUGCUGAAAAAUUGAUAGCUUAUAGUGAUACGUUUGUCCUAGAAAUAUACGGAUCAUUCAAAAGAGAUGUACAGACACUAGCUGGAGCACAAUUUGAUUACCUAGAAAAAGCUCUCCACAGAUUUGAUGCUGGACCUUUCUUCCUUGGUCAUGAAUUCAGGUCCUUACUUAUUUAAUUUUUUUUGCCAAAAAACAUACUCGAGAACGUGUACAGAGAAGAGUGGAUGUAUUUUCUUUCUGACAAUUUGAAAUUUCAUCGUAAUGUCCUGACAUGGAAACUCUGUUGUGCUAGGUUGACAUAGCAUUUGUUCCAUUCACAGAAAGGUUCCACAUUUUCUUGAAACUGGUGUUUAACUACGACAUUACAUCUGGGAGGCCGAAACUAGCCAAAUGGAUCGACGUAUGACUAGUAUCAUAUACGGAGUAUUAUUGAUCUUGUACAUAUUUACUUGUUUGAGAAAUUGAUCGUGGAAUGUUCCUCAGAAAGAAGGGUCCGUGACUUAAAACACUUGAAAAGCAUAGAGAUUAAGGCUGGAAACUGUUAAAAUUCCUUUGUUUCUUUUGGUGAUAGCGUAAACUUCAAGGCUAGCUGGUUGGUGCAUUAUAUAGAAUUAUAGUUGUGGAUAAAGUUGUAACAAUUAGUGAUUGAACCACUAGCUUUUUCCUUUGUU